ACUAAUACUUCUCCUCCUGGCUUUCUACGAAGCACCUUUCUCUUCAUUACUGGCUUUCGGAGUCUUUGGGAAGCCUCUGAGACCGUUUCUGAUGUGGCAUGACUUUCUAUCUUACUAUUUGUUUAUUCCUGGGGUCGUCAUAUCAUGGCUGAAAAUGACACAGAUAGAAACCAGGUUGAGAAACUCCUACAAAGAGUACAAGAAUUGGAGCAGGAGGUGCAAAGACUUAAGAAAGAACAGGACAACAUUAAAGACUCAACUAUUAAAGAAGAUUCUUCAGGAUCUGGAAAAGCUAAGCGUGCAUUUGACUUCAGUGCUCAUGGCAAAAGACAUGUGGCCCUAAGAAUAGCUUAUUUGGGCUGGGGAUACCAGGGCUUUGCUAGUCAGGAAAACACAAACAAUACCAUUGAAGAGAAAUUAUUUGAGGCUUUAACCAAGACUCGACUAGUAGAAAGCAGACAGACUUCCACCUAUCACCGGUGUGGGCGAACAGACAAAGGAGUUAGUGCCUUUGGACAGGUGAUUUCUCUUGACCUACGUUCUCGGUUUCUAAGGGGCAGUGAUUCAGAGGACCUUAAUUUAAAAGAUGAAGCCAAUGAUGCUGCAAAAGAGAUCCGUUACACCCACAUUCUCAAUCGGGUGCUUCCUCCAGACAUCCGUGUACUGGCCUGGGCCCCUGUGGAACCUAGUUUCAGUGCCAGGUUUAGCUGUCUUGAGCGGACUUACCGCUAUUUUUUCCCUCGUGCUGAUUUAGAUAUUUUAACAAUGAAUUUCGCAGCUCAGAAAUAUGUUGGCACCCAUGAUUUCAGGAAUUUGUGUAAAAUGGAUGUAGCCAAUGGAGUUAUUAAUUUUCAGAGGACGAUUCUGUCUGCUCAAGUACAGCUAGUGAGCCAAAGCAUGGGUGAGGAGAGAUGGCAAGAACCUUUCCAGUUAUGUCAAUUUGAAGUGACUGGCCAGGCAUUCCUUUAUCAUCAAGUCCGCUGUAUGAUGGCUAUCCUUUUUCUGAUUGGCCAAGGAUUGGAGAAGCCAGAGAUUAUUGAUGAAUUGCUGAACAUAGAGAGAAAUCCCCAGAAACCUCAAUAUAGUAUGGCUGUAGAAUUUCCUCUAGUCUUAUACGACUGUAAGUUUGAAAAUAUCACGUGGAUCUAUGAUCAGGAGGUUCAGGAGUACAAUGUUACUCACCUGCAACAACUAUGGGCUAAUCAUGCUGUGAAAACUCAGAUAUUAUAUAGUAUGCUACAAGGACUGGACUCUGUUGUAUUACCCUAUGGGACGGGACCAAAGAUGGAUGGAGCAAUAGAGUGGAGAAACAUUAAGCCCUCUAUCAUAAAGCAGACCAGUGCCUUUGUAGAAGGAGUGAAAAUGCGCACAUAUAGACCCCUCAUGGACCGUCCUAAAUGCCAAGGUUUGGAAUCCCGGAUCCAGCAUUUUGUACGCAGAGGACGCAUUGAACACCCACAUUUAUUCCAUAAAGAAACAAAAGCCAAAAGGGACUGUAAUGACACAGUAGAGGAAGAGACUACUGUUUUGGAGAAACCAACCAAGAGGGUCUGUGUAGAUGCAGAAAUUAAAAGCAUCAUUUAAUCAUAGAUAACUUGCCAGGACCUAGGAAGCGACAACCAGCUAGUGGUAGGCAGUAGAAAUGAAAUUUAAAGGAAAAAAAAAAAUUCAAGAAGUCUUAAUAGUUCUGAUUACCAGCUUUUUUAGGGGUAGGGGGCGAAAAAAAGAAAGGAAGUUCUUAAGGAAGUUCUGGCUUAAACAGGAAAAAGUUCAGAGGCUAUCAUCCCUGUCCAAAAGGAUUAAGAGAUGAAAGAAGCAAAACUCAUUUGUAGCUUGGCAUGGUGGCACAUACUUGUACACCCAGGAGGAGGCUGAGGCAGAAGGACUGCAAGUUUGAGGCCAGCUUUGGCAAUUUGGCAAAAACUUGUAUGAAAAAAUUUUAAAAAUUAUAAAGGAUUGGGGAUAUAGUUCAGUGGUAAAGCAUCCCAGAGUUCAAUUCUCAGUACUAGAAGGGGUAGAGGAAAGAACUGUAAUUUAUGUACACCUGCAAACCUGUGCCUUGUGUACAAAUUCAUUAAAACCUGAUCCUGUGUUUAGUUCAUUUUGCUGCUCUUUUUCAAGAUAAAUGAAAUUUUUACUAAUCUGAAUUUUCAUAGCUUUAUUUUAUAUUUUUAAAAUUUUUAUUUCUUUUUUAGUUGUAGUUGGACACAAUAUCUUUAUUUUUUUUAUGUGGUGCUGAGGAGUGAACCCAGGGCCUUGCACGUGCUAGGCAAGUGCUCUACUGCUGAGCCACAAUCCCAGCCCAACAGCUUUAUUUUUUAAGACAUUAAAAAAUAUUAAAUUUAGUCAGUUAAGAAUUAGAUAAAUUGGUUUAGUGCUAGUGAUUAUUUUUAGAAAUUUACUUACUUAAAUAUGGCACAAGACCUUUUUCUAUGAGGCAUAUAAAUCUAGUGUAGAAGUUGCCAAACUUUUUUUGGGGAGGAUGGCAGAGUAAAUACUACUUUAGGCUCUAUGAGACACAAAUGGUCUGUUCUAUAUUCUUUUCAACAAGUCUUAAAUGUAAAAAACACUUGCUCUAUCUAUUAGUCUUUAUUAUUUUAAUUAGUGCAUUAUAUAUAUAAAUGGGAUUCAUUGUGGUAUAGUCUUACAUAAACAUAGCAUAAUUUGGUAGAUUUAAUUCCCCAGUACUUCCCAAAUCCCUCCAGGGGGAGUGGGGGGAGGGAAAGGAAAGGUAAUGAGAUUGGUUACAUUAUGUAAUGUGCAUGUACUAAUAUGGCAUAAUGAAUCUCACUAUUAUGUAUAAAUCUUAUGUACCAAUAAAAAAUAAAUUUAAAGAGAAAACAUUCAAGAUAAAUUUUGCAGAACAUGUGGGAAUCAGUUAAAGUUAGGAUAAAGAACCAGAGCUUUAUGUCUUAACUCAGAAGAUGCAAUCUGUAUAAAGUUAGAGAUUAUAGCAUAUAUAUUCAGGAAACUGUACCUCAGUAUGGCAAAAACAUGGUUUAGAAAGGCAGGCAUCGGUCAUAUCUGUAGACCUUUGUAGGCCUUCCUUAAAAAUCUUAGAUUGGGGGAAAAAAAAAUAAAGCUAGACAGAUCUAUGUAGCAAAAGCACUGCUCUAGGUAUACUGUGAAUUGAAAAAAGGCAAGACUGAGGCUAGAGAGACCAGUGAGGCUACUGGAAUAAUUGAGGCAACAGAUGACAGAAUACAUCUGUAUUAGGAGUAAUAAGGGAUGGAAAGAAGAUAAAUUUGAGGUUAAAAAGGCAGCAGUAGGACUCUGAAUGAAUGUAGUGUUAAAAAGUAGGAAGGCUUUUAGGAUAGUGUUGUAGGUUCAGAUCUGAACAAAAGAGUAGCUGGUAUUACUACACACUGAGAUAAGAAAAUGAAGUGGGGCUUUGUUCUCAAAACAUUGUUAAGUGACCCUUAAAAUAUUAUAACUGCUGGUUAAUAUAUGAAACACAUGGGGCCAUUAGAAAUAAUACUGAUAUGUACAUAGAACUGACUUCAUUAGUGCUACAGAAGCUCAAUAGGAGGUGUAUUACAGAAAUAAGACUACUGAAAAAGUUCUGGGGUUAAGAAAUAAAAUAGCCUAAGAAAAGUGAGAUGAUCCUGUGGAACUAUCAAGUGAGGAGGUACAUUGUGAUGGACUUGCAUCCUAGCAGAGAAGGAACCAGAAUGUAUUUACAUUUUAAAAUGGCAAGAUAGUAAUACAGAAUAAAUUUAUUUAAAAUAGCCAACUGUAUGAUCUAUGUCUUCUGGAUAUUGAAUCUCUGUCAAUUUGGGGGAUCUGAUGAACCAACACUUCACAAUGAUCUGAAUGUUCCUAAAAUAUUAUUCCUUUGCCAUUUAAUUUUGAUGUAAAGAUCUUGUUUUUAGUGUAAUCACUGAGCAUGGUAGACUACCCUUACUUAAACAUAUAAAAACAAAUCGAUUACUUUU